UUCUGUGUUAUUUUGAGCCAGUUUCUGCCCACACUGUUGCCUGAAGACCACCUUUCAGGAGGUCUCCGGACUUGGUCGUCUCUGCUCUGGGAUGGAACUGGGGCUGCCGGGCCCUCGUGCUGAUUCCUUUGUCCUUCAGCAGAGGCUCCAGCAGGCUAACCUGGGCCCGAAAGCAAGCACCGGAGAAGAGCUGUUCCAGAACCUUCCGAACCUGCUUCCUUCUGACCGAGAUAAAUUCUUAAUGCGGAAGGCGGUAGAAAGAAGGGAGAAUUCUUGCUGAAUUCUAGCUGGAAGAGGCGGUGACAUGGUCCAAAGAAUUUCAGAUGGUUAGGGUCACAGGAGGUGCGUGUCGCUGGGAAGUUGUUCCUAAAAGCAGAUUGGUUUGGGGGGGCUGCAGCCCUUAUGACCACUGGACUUGGGAGAACAAUGAUUGGGUAGAAUGCAGUAUGGUUGUAGCAGUAAAGUGCUCCAAGUAGCUGAAGCAUGAGGUAGGAAGGAGGAAGAGAGGAAAGGAUUUGCCACACCAUGGUGCAGGAGUCCUCCAACGGAGCCUGAGCAAGGGAAUGGCUCCCAACCUCUCUGAAAUCUGUCAGAAGGUUCACCUUCCUGUGCGUCCUCCAAGACCAGGAAUGAGAGAGCUCCUCUGUCCCCGCUCUGUAGCAGCAGCUGCUGAAGGCAGCCUCACAGAUUCUCUGAUCAUCUGCUUUACAGCACUGACAGAAGCUUUGUGAGAAAAGACACGCAAGUCCUAGCUGUGCCAUUUUACCGUGUGGGACCAAACUCUCAGAGAGAUCAAGGCAUUAAGAUUGAGCUCUGAAUAGCCCUGUGUCUCCACCACCCAAGCCUUGUGUUAAAUCCUUUCCCUUCAGCUGGAAUCCCAGCAUGUGACUUGGACAUUGUCAUUCAGUCAGAGGGAGGACAGCCGAGGACGCUGGAUCUUCAGGCCCUGAAGAGGGAAGUGAGCGAAAAUACCUGUCUGGAUAGGGAGCUGUGAACGGAGCCAAAGCAGCAGCACCAAUCAGGCUAUUUCUGAAGAACCAGAGUUUUCAGGGUCAGCCAUGCAAAGUCUCAGAAGGAGUACUGCCCAAGGUCCUACGAAUGAAGAGGCCUAUAAAUGUGAGGGCCGGUUAUCGAGGCAGACAGAAUGUCCUGUCCGGAAGACAUCUUUUGAGAAAACAGCAAUCAGGAACAUGUCAAUGACCCUUAAGGAAAUUUUUACUAGGGAGAGAGUUCCUGAAUCUAGUGAAUUUAGUCUAAGCUCAAAAGUUAAUACACAGCAGAACAUUCCAAAGGGAGCUAGAUCCCCCAUAUCUAGCAAAAACUCUGAAGAUAAUUUGGACUUCAUUAAACACCAAAAACUCUUCCCACAAAAGAAACCUUGUAAAUGCAAUGAAUGUGGGGAAGCCUUCAGUUACCAAUCAGAACUUAUUGUCCACAGGAGAAUUCAUGGUGGAGAAAAGCCUUUUGAAUGCAAUGAAUGUGGAAAGACUUUUAGCCGAAGUACACACCUUAUCGAGCAUCAGAGAACUCACACUGGAGAGAAGCCGUACGAAUGCAGCGAGUGUGGAAAAGCUUUUAGCCGGAGCACGCACCUGAGUCUGCACCAGAGGGUCCACACGGGAGAGAAGCCCUUUGAGUGUGGUGAGUGUGGGAAAGCCUUCAGCCGGAGCACAAACCUCAGCCAGCACCAGCGAACUCACACUCAGGAGAAACCUUACAAAUGUACCGAGUGUGGGAAAGCCUUCAGCGACCGCUCAACCAUAAUUCAGCAUCAACGAAUACACACUGGAGAGAAUCCCUAUGAGUGCCGUGAGUGCGGGAAGGCUUUCAGCUGGGUCUCCUCUCUCAGCGAGCACCAGAGGACACACACGGGCGAGAAGCCCUACGAAUGCGGUGACUGUGGGAAAGUCUUCAGUCGCAGCUCUUCCCUCGCCGAGCAUCAGAGGACCCACACCGGGGAGAAGCCCCACGAAUGCGGAGAAUGUGGGAAGGGCUUCGGUCGGAGCUCAUCGCUUAUCAUUCACCAGAGAACUCACACCGGGGAGAAGCCGUACAAGUGUAAUGACUGUGGGAAAGCCUUCAGCCAGAGUUCAACCCUCAUCAGACACCAGCGACUUCACGCUAAAGAGUAACAGUCGAGCUUUUUCCUUAAUGUGCGUGUAAGAGCACACCGCACUCGCAUCCUGUUCCUGCAAGGAGAAACAGAUUCGUCUGUGGAGUUUUCUUCUCUACUAGCUAGCUGUAAGCCAGUGCCAAGGUAGCCUUCCUUCCGUUUUGUAAACUAGAUGCUGCAGUGAGUGAUCAGUACAAGGGGGUGAGUCUAGGAACCAAACAUACUCCCUCUCCUCCCCUGGAGGACUCCCCUUAGAGUGUAGACCUGACACCUUGUAUCUGCUCACCUGUCUGUUCCCUGGGGCUCCGGUCCCUGUGCAGUCAGUGGACCGUGUUUCCCGACCACAGAAGCCCCUUUACUUCGAGAGGAAGUCGUGAGUGUUGUGUGAGUGUGACGUCAGCUCCAGUACCAGAAGAGAAGGAGCUGGCUUCAGAACAGGAAAAAAAUCUUCCCACCAGUUUGCUGAUAAUGGUGUUGAGGCAAAUCUAGUUUCUGAUUUUAUACGAACAGAUUUUUCUGUUAAACCUUUUUUGUUGUAGCGUGUUUUCCUCAAAGUAUAAACCAUGUGCCUAACUAAUCCUAGUAUUUUUUUAUAUUAUCCUCAUCAAGAAUGACCUAAAACUUACAUUGAGUUCUUCUAUGAUUAAAAAAAAAAUUGCUUCCCUA